AUGAGCAGGGAGAUGGUCCCCAUCCACAUCACGGCCCCACCUGAGUUUGGCCAUGUCCUGCUUUUGGACCUGGACAGGGGUGGCCACAUGCCUGUCUACCCUGCUUCUUGCCUGCUGCGUUCAAUGAGAGCCACGAUGCCCUAUAUCCCAAAGAGCCAGCACGUCUCUGGCGAGGGGUGCUCCGAGACCCCAAGGGAGGCGCGGGGCCUGCUGGGUGGGCUGGUCCCUAUGGUGGAGGAGGAGGAGGCGGCCACUGCCACUGCCUCUUCCUGCUUCACUGCUAUGCUCCCGGCCUCCCCAAGGGAGGAGCAGGAGGGGCCUGUUCCUCAGGCACCUCCCAGUUUUGGUUUUCCGAGCACCUUCCUUCCCCGCAUUGGCUUAGUCUCUGCCCCAUGGAAGCAACUCGAUGAGGGCACCAGAAGUGUCGUGGUGAUUCCUCGUCUGUUCCCCUGGGCUGACCGGGUAGACCCCAAAUCCUUGCUGAAAGACGGCCUGUCCUUGGUGCCCUUCCUGCUGCUCAAGUACCACCUGAAGGAGCCCACGAGCAGAGGGGAGCUUCUGAGCCAUGUCUGCAGACAGCACCAGGAGUUCUUCCCUAUGAUCUUCAAGACAGCCUGUGAGUGCAUGCUGCUGGUCUUUGGCAUUGAGCUGAAGGAAGUGGUGCCCGAGGCCGACUGCUACGUGCUGGUCACUUCCCUGGGGCUCACGUAUGAUGGGAUGCUGAGUGAUGUCCGGGGUGUGCCCAAGACGGGCUUCCUGAUCAUGGUCCUGUGUAUCGUCUUCCGGGAGGGCAACCAUGUCUCCGAUGAGGUGCUCUGGGAGGCGCUGAGUAAGAUGGGGGUGUGUCCGGGGAGGAAGCACUACACCUACGGGGACCCCAGGAAGCUCGUGGAAGAUUUUGUGCGGGAGCAGUACCUGGAGUACCGGUGGGUGCCCGACAGUGAUCCUGCUCGCUAUGUGUACCAGUGGGGCCCCAGGGCCCUGGCAGAGACAAGCAAGGCGAAGGUCCUGGAGCAGUGGGUGAACUUCAGUGGGCGUGAUCCCAGCUGCUUCUCGUCCCUGUACAAAGAGGCCUUGAGAAAGGAGAAGGAGGCCGCCCAGCAAUGA